GGAGGACAUGACACCUGUGGACAGUGAAUAAAGGCGCCUAACCUCUAAUGGGCCACCUCCAACCGCAGUGUGCUGGAUCCCUCUGCUGUGUCGCUCCUCAACUUUGUCUUGUGAGAGCUUCUCCCAAUGGCCCCAAAGAAGAAGGAAGAGCCAAAGCCUGCAGCACCAGCAGCCCCAAAACCCCCAGAGCCCGAGCGUCCUAAGACCCCGGACUUUGACCCUUCAACUGUGACGCUGGAAUUCACCCCAGAGCAAAUUGAGGACUUCAAAGACGCUUUCCAGCUGUUUGACAGGACACCAGCCAACGAGAUGAAAAUCACUUACGCCCAGUGUGGUGAUCUCAUUAGGGCUUUGGGCCAGAACCCUACCAACACAGAGAUCAUGUAUGUCCUUGGAAAGCCCAGGCCUGAAGACAUGCAGACCAAGAUGCUUGACUUUGACCAGUUUCUGCCCUUGCACCAACACAUUUGCAAGGCCAAGGACCGUGGAACAUAUGAGGACUUCGUGGAGGGUCUGAGGGUAUUUGACAAGGAGGGGAAUGGCACAGUCAUGGGAGCUGAGCUCAGGCAUGUCCUGGCAACACUGGGUGAGAAGAUGAGGGAGGAUGAGGUGGAACAGCUGAUGCAAAACCAGGAGGACGCUAAUGGAUGCAUAAAUUAUGAAGCUUUUGUGAAAUACCUUAUGGCAUCUUAAAAAGGGUAUUUCAGCCCUAUUGUCAUUCUGGUGCUAUACCACUCUGCCGUUCAUUUCUCCCUCACUGUAGGAACCCAGGUCACUGACCUCUUGACAGAAGAAGAUCUUUAUGUUUCUGUUAAUCCCAUCUUGUAUAUUUCUCAUUUCCAUGCAACACAAAUGGAUCUCUAACUCAUCAAUAUUUCAUCUUGUUUUUAUAGGACCACUUGUGUUGAUGCCAUGUGUACAUUGCACCUUACCCCUGUUUUUGUUGUACAUCAUGGUAAAUAAAUAAAUAAAUUCAUUUUCAAACCCACAA